AUGUCUAAGUCCGUUGCAAUUGUUGGUAUUUCCGGCUAUCUUGGCAAGCCAGUUCUCGAGGCUUUGCUUGAACCUGCUUUCAGAGACAAUUUCAAGUUGCCCAUUCGAGCUGUGUCUCGAAAGGCCGCUGGAACUUCUUCUGAGGAUGUCGAGUACUACGAAGCCAGUGACAUUGCCUCGUAUGAGAAGGCUUUGAAGGGCGUUGAUGUUGUAAUUGAUCUUCGAGGUACAGCUGCUCUUGAAUCCAACGACUUGGCAAUUGCUGCUAAGAACGCCGGAGCAAAGGUGUACAUUCCAUCUGAAUUUGGUCUUGAUUAUUCUCAAGCUGGUCCUCUUAAACCUGUGUUUCAAAAGAAGGCUGAUAUUGUCAACUUUGCUGAGGCUCAGGGAUUGAAAGUUAUCCAAUUCAAAGUUGGAUACUUUAUUGACAGCACCUUGCAACCAAACUGGGAUCUCCUUGCGUUUGCUGACUUAUCCCACGAUACUGCUGAUUAUGUUGGUGACGGCAGUCAGAAUUUGAGUUUCAAUUCUACCAAGAAUAUUGGCCAAUCUGUUGCUGCUACUAUUUCUCUCCCCUAUGAGAUGAUCCCUGAUGUUGUUAAGAUUGCAGGUGACAAUGUAACCCCUGCCAAGUUCGUCGAACUCUAUGAGAAGCACACUGGCAAGAAGGUCACGGUUAAUAGCACUACCAAGGAACAGAUCAUCCAGCAGGCCCAGGAUGCCCUCAGCGGAAAGUUGGACAACGGAGUUCCUGCUUUCUUCUACGCUCUGAGAGGAGCCAGUGUCGCUGGCGACGGAGCCAACUUCAAGAACAACAACGACAACGAGCUCAUUAACCCUGGCGAGAAGUACUUCAAGUGGGAAAAAAUUGAGGACUAUAUCAGAAAGACUUACUAG